AUUGCGCACCCACCCAGCAUUUAUUCUGGGGUCUUCAAAUUGCGUUCAAUCCGGCACCUUAGGGGCAUACAGAUUAACGCGUUAUUCACUCGACGCGACAGUCUUGGGCUCGCGCGCGAUGAGCCCGAUACUGCGAAACAUUUAGGAACCAUUACAGCUUCGUGCGCGCAGAAAAGAAAGACAUCAAUAGGAAAUUAACAGAGUAAAUUUAUCUUACUCUAUUAUAUAGCGAUGUCAUCCGACUCCGAAACAGAAACCGAAGUCAGGCCAAGCGGCCUCCAAGAUGCAAUCAAACAUCUUGAAGCAGUUGCUUUUGUGCCUCCCAAACAACGCUACACGGAUGCUGGCCAGUUGGCCAAAACAAUAGCAACCGGCGCGUACGAGAGCGGAAUUCCCCCUCCUGCUCUCGAGCGAUUGCUCAAGCUUCUCACGACUCACAACGCUCUUGACCAAGGCACAGUCACUACACUAGUCAAAAAUCUGUACCCAGUGGAGAGAAUAUCUUCCAAAAUAAUCACCCAGGUCGUGUGCUGUCUUGGUCCCGCCAAAACCAAGCCAAGCGCUGCGACCCAAGCUUUGCUGGUACGAUGGCUGAUCCUUGUGUACGAUUUCAUCGACGACGGGUCUCAUCUGUCGAAGCUCUAUGCGGUGCUUUUCAACUAUCUGGACAUGAUUAGUUUACGAAAGCCUCUGUGUCAUCUGCUUUCGAUUAUCACAAGGCGCAAGCAUGUCAAGCCCUUUCGGAUCCAAGCUCUCAUGGAGCUAGUUAGUGUUUCCGGCGGUGAGGAGAAAGAGCUUCUCAUCUUGCUUAAUGUCUUCAAAAACUACUGUCCUGAUGUUAUUGUCGGAGACCUGGGUCUGUCGGGGAGAAAGGCGGCGUUUUUCAAGCACCCAGAUCCGGAAUGGACCGCCCAUGUCAGAGAAAUUCAAGACACGCACCUUGAAAGGCUGCAGGCAGUUGAACCCUCGACAUUCCAGGUGGUGCACCGCGGACUCGCAAAGAGGAGUAAGAUUCAGGUCAUUGUUCCUGAUGUGAAGACCUCAAGGGUGUCCUAUAACCACACCUCCUUGGAAGAAUUGCGCGGCGUUGAGCAUCUUGUUGAGAAAGUCGACAAGAUAGAAUUGCCUAACCAGAUUAUAUCCAUGCUGGGGAAUAGCCUAGCGCAAAAGUACCUGUUCUUGGUUCGUUCCGAGGCUGCAAAUCGCCGGUUGAACGACUGGCUCCGAACGUUUCUGAGCGACCAGUUGGAAUGUGCGUGGGCAAAUGAUAUGGAGGAUCUCGAAUCGCUGGGCUACAUUUUGGCUUUGGCGGUAGAAUAUGUGCAAUAUACAAAGGAAAUACCAGACGCAUUUACAUCAUUUCUCCGAAAAUAUCUCAUUUCUUGGAAUGGCGAAGACAACAAAGAGCAAAUCCUGGGACUUCUCCAACAUCUUCCCGUCCAGGACUUUGAUACCUUGCGCAAAGAUUUCCUGAUACCCUUGGAGAGUGCGAUCCUCACUGCAGCGCUUUCAUCAAGGACUUCCCUGCUGGAUUCCUAUUCUUCCUUGAUCCGUCGGUGGGGAAUUCACUUACGGGUACAACCCUUGGUCGUGGAGGAAUCGAAGCCAUUGGGUCGCCUGAUUGCUCACGCCGAACUCCUGGCGUUAUCGACCUUGGAGUGUCUCACUCCGAUGCGGCAGCCCCCAGGUGGUCGCAGUGAGAGAUACAAGCCUGCCACGUUGUCCAUCACCGAGUUCUACUGCACCCUGGCGGAAUUGUUCUCGCAUGCAUCUAUGAACGGAAGCAUUCGACUCACGGUCCCUCUAGCCCCGACCGUUUAUACGCUCGCCUUCACGCCAAUCAGCUCAGUCAUCUCGAUCAUGAGUUCGGUCCUUGCCAGCUAUAAAUCGUCCUUCGAAUCUUCCCUCACGUCCCAUGUUCUGCAGGUCCCGAGUUCUCAAGAUUCCCUUUACCCAACGGGAUUGGUAGGCCAAUUCAACGGCUACAUCAUGGACGUCUGCAAUCUGCUGUGGCGGAACCGGGGACUCAACUCUGAAGACCCAAACGCAUUGGGCUGUUUGAUACCACCCGCUACCAUCGGUGCACUCACACGAUACAUUCGUGAGACUAAUGAGAGAGAGAGGAAACGCGAGACCGCGUUCUCCUACACAAUCUCUUCGAUAUUCUCUCUAAGCCACCAUAUAGCAUUGUGUAACAUGUCUGCGGCUUGUUUCUCUGACAUUGAAGACGAAAACGAUAUUGGUGAAGACAGGCCGAAGCUGAAGAAACCGGUGACGCAGAAGGCAUUGAGCGCUCUAGAGAAAGAAGGGGGGAUGAAGAUGACCUGGCAGGAGUAUAGGGUACGGAUGCUUGACUGGCUUGACGCGACAGGUACCGUUGGGAUUGGCAAUCUGAUGCGGAGUACCAUGAAAGCUCUGCGAAAAGAGUAAAACCAGAAGGGAUUGAUUAGUAUUGGAAAGCAGACUAACCUCUGGUCCUACUCGCCUUUCAUCGAUAUCUUUUGGAUAUAACUUGCCUUAGACGAUGAUCUUGCAAGAUUAAUAGUCUAUAAUAAUAUAGAAAGGAAGCUUAU